UGGUGGAUGGUCUUAGCAUUAACCGUGGGUACCACAUCGGCUUAUUAUCUCCACGUUUUAUUUACAUGCCAAUACUUAUUUUUAAAAGUUUGCUCAAUUAUAGUAAAUUUUAAUGCUCUAAGGGGUGAAUUCAUUUGGACGACAGAUUGUCAUCCUAAUCACCCAAAGAGUUGAGAUUUCAAUCAAAACAGAUCUGACGACACUCACAGGUCGACUGAUUGUUGGGUCUGGUUGGAACUGCAACAAUCGCUAGAUUCUCUAGGUCUGUAUCUACAAAACUUAAUUCGUCGAUGACGCCUGACGAUUCACCGUUCAGGCAAUUAAGAUUUUAAAAAAUGCCAGUACAGCUGGAUAUUUAAAAGACUUAUCUAUACCUAUGUAAUUCGACGCGUUCUCUUCUUUGGAUUUUACCACCUUAGAUCUCCAGAUCUACACAAGUGCACUGGUGACUCAAGUCAACAACACUGAUAAUUUGAAUUGUGAACUGACUUGUUUUUUUUUUACAAUUUGAAAACAAUUUUUAAAAAGUAACUUUGCCAAGUUGCUCUGCUUUCAAGCUCUACAAGCAUUGAUAAUCAACAUUGGAUUACAAAGAAGAGACAUUCAAGGUGAGAUGUAGGUAUACUGUGAGAUGUUCGCCAUCGUCACUAACCUUUCUUCAAAGUAUACAGUCUUUCAAGCAUUAAGAGUACUAAUGAAUCUAGUAUUCUUUGUGUGACCAAGUUAUUUGUGAUUACUUAUAUAUUUUACAAAUCGUAUAUAUUUCAACCUUGUGAAUUGUAAGACAACUCAAAAUGUCUUCUGCAACGGCUGCUGCUUCUAGAAACAAAAACAGCAGAGGUCGACAGAAUGUGUCAAACAGGGGUUCAUAUCAAAAUAAUUUUGGAAGAAGAGAAACCCCAGAACCAGAAACAAAUAAUUCUCCUAUUCAUGGAAUUUAUGCUGAUCAGAGAACUGCCAUGGUCAUGUGCAGCUUUAUGGGUACUCGUACCACUGUAAAGACACGAAAUGGCAGCACAUACAAAGGCCACACUACUGGCUUCUCAGACAAGGGUGACAUUGCACUUUGUGAUGCGAAGCUGGAUGAUGAUGACAGCAUAACAAAUCCAACAUUACCUGGCAUCAUUAUUCAGAAAGAUAAAUUUGUUGUAUGCAAGACUAAUGGUGUAGAUCUUAAAGGUCUUUGUGCUUUAUCCACAGAUUUCACAGACUCAGCUAUUGUUAAUCGAACAAAUGGCAUUACUUCAGAAGGAUCAUUGCGAGAACUGCAGCCAUGGCAGGAUGAUGAUGCCCCUGAUAUAAAUCCAUCUCUCACACUAGAUGAUCCUACUGGAGGUUGGGAACCAACUGCAAUGUUUGCAGUAAAUAAUGAAAAGUUUAAUGUCCAAUCUUCAUAUAAUGAAGCAAUGCAUGAAUAUACUACCAAGCUUCCAGAUCCAAACUCUGAGGGAUAUGAAGAGCGACAGAGAUUUGCUCAAAAACAUGCAGAAGAGAUAGAACGCAGUGAAGCAUAUCAAAACAGGAUAGCUAAAGAACUUACUGAUGGUGACGAAGAAGCUCGCUAUUCUGCUGUACAUCGACCAGGAGAUUCUCAAAACAGCUUGCCACGGCCACAGGAAUCCAAAUAUUUAAUUCCUGCAAGAGGAGGAGAUGGUGAGCAAAAUAUGAGGAAUGGGGCCUCUAGGAACCAAGGAAGAACUUUGCAUAGACAGAACUCACCUUAUUCCGCUAGUCACCAGCCUCCACAGCAGCAGCAUACAAACUCAAGACAAAUGAACAAUCAUUAUCAGGCCUCACCACCCCCAUCAGGAGGGUCACUAAGAAAUCAAGGGCCUCCAAUGCAUAGCCGACAGCAACCUCCCAACCUCUCGUAUCAGCAGCAGCCCCCUCCCUCUUUACCAGCGUCUUCACAGCAAACCAGACCUUCGGGCCAACAUCUGGUCCAACAACAACACCCUGGUAACAAAUCUCAACCUCUGAACCAACAUCAACAAUCGGUUGCGCCACCCACGAUGGGUUCUCAGCACCAAUUGCAGCAGAAAGUUAGCCCUCUUCACAGUCAGCCACAGCAGAACACAACAAAUAUAAAAAAUGUCUCGGCUGGCCUCAAUGGUCCAGCACAAACUAUGACUUUAAGCAGGCAGCAAAAUACAUCUCAGAUUAAUGGCGGGAAAGAUAACCAUCCAAAUUUGGAUACCAAUCAGAGGGCUGUUCCUUUGGAUUUGAGUUCAAAUCCUUUGGCUGCACAGAAAGUACCCGAAACCCAUUUGUCUGCAUCAUCAUCAUCAUCUACAUCUAUGGUAGAAAAUCAGACCAUCGUGCAAAGUUCUUUAGCUGCCACCACAUCCCCUUCAACUGUGCCUCAAACAGAAAGAAGGACUAUAAGUCAAGAAGAAAGGAAAAAGAACAUUCACCAGGAUUUUCAUGAUUUCCACAACAAUUUUAAACUGGAACCUCAAGAUGGUAGACAAGAAGAAGUUUUGGAUAACUCUGUUUCUUCAACACCUGUUCCAACAAAUGUUGCUGCAGCACCUGUUAGUAUUGCUCCUGAAAUAAUUGCACCUCAUUCUGAGGCUACUGAUUCAUCUACUAAAGUGUUAGAUAAAAUUGAAGAAGACGAAACACCUGUCAGCAAAUCAAAAUUAAAUCCCAAUGCCAAAGAAUUUAAACCUAAGAGUCAGCCACCUGCCCCCACACCUGUUGAAGCUCAGUCACCAUCUCCUCAACCACGAAGCUCUCCCAUAGUACCACAACAAGCACCUAUGUAUCCCAUUUUUAUGUACCUUCCUAAUACUCAACAGAAAAAACGAGUCACUGUUUCACUGGGCUCACCUGGUGUACCAGAGUUGACUGCACAUCAAGUUACUGGUCAGCCACUUUUAGCAACGCAGCAUCCACAGCAUAUAAUGUAUGUAACCCAACCAGGCCAACAGCUUCCUCCAUACCAGUAUUUCCAGCCCCAAAUGAUGCCUAGAAUGAUAGCUCCUAAUUCUAUAAUGGCUCAGGGAGGGCAGCAUGCAGGGAUAGAGCAGGUGUCACAAGGUCAAAGCCCAGCAGUUUUUAUGACAGCUCAGCCACAGCCAGUUCCCACACCUAUGCCAGCUCACUUGGCGCCUCACCCACAACCAGCUCAUGCCCAACCUUUAGCUCAUCCUAACUCAAAUCCACUGCCCCAACCAACACAUGUCCCCAAUCCUGCACCUUCCCCAGUGCAGCAUCAGCACAACUCCCAACAGAUUCCACAGCCCCUCACCCAUCACAUGACACAGGUUCCUCCUCAAUCUGUGACACCCCAACCAGCACACUAUCCUCAAAUAAGUUUGAGUUUUCCACAUGGUAUCUCCACCAUGACUAUGCCAAGAACAUCCAUAUCAGGACAGCAGGGUAUGGCCCCAGGCCACCCCUCUGUUAGUAUAGGAUAUCCUGUCAUGUCUCAGUAUCCUUAUACUAAUGGGAGUCCUGUUCAAUACCCUUUUGCACCUGCAGCGCAACCACAGACAUCCCAAAAUUCCUCUCAUGGGCAAGGACCCCAGCCCCAGUAUGUAGUGAUGCCUCAACCCACUCCCCAAGCACAUCCUCCUAUGCAGCAACAUCCAGCACAAUCUUAUCAGGCUGGCAUUCAAUUCCAGCCCCAGCAUAAUAUAAUGCAAGGGCCUCCUCAGAUGCCCCCAAGCCACAGUCAAAAUCCAAACCAAGGUGGGCACCAUAUAAUCCACUCCCAGAUGGCUAACCUUCAACAAGUAGGACAGCCUGGCAUGUAUAUGCAGGCUCCUCAGUAUUAUAUGCCUAGAGAAGGCUCAAGGAGUGCCAACAACGCUGCAACAGUUUCAGCACCAACCAUAAUGUUUACUUGGCCUUAGUUAUGCAAGAUAGUGUGCAAGUAUCAAAGAGUGAACCUUGUACUGCUGAAUUGCAGAUGAUGUGAAUGAAAGUAUAUUUCAUAGCUCCUCAAACUAAUGGUGCUCCAUUAAGAGCGAGUUAAGACUCCACUGGUUAUUUUAUUGCUAGAUUACACAAAUGAGCAGCAUAGGAAUCUACAAAUGAUUCCUGGGUUUCUUCUAUUCCAGUUUUAAAGGCAAUUUCAUCAUGAAAUGUUAUGAAGUGUGUUUUGUUUUACUUUUCCACAAGGACUAUUUUCAAGCUGUGGACAUGUGUUAUUAUGCAACUUAGAUUGGAGAUGACAUUGGAUAGUUCUCUUGUUUAAUCUCAUGCUAAUAGUUGGAUGAAGCCUGAUGAUGAUGAUACAAACAUGAAAAUUUUGGGUCUGUAACACCUGCAGUCCAUUGUGUUAGUAUUAGCACAUUGUGCAAACGUCAUAGAGGCCAAAGUUAUAAAAGACUAGCCUGCCUUAGAUUAUGCUGUUAUUGCAGCUGGACAAUAUAAGCUUUAUACUGAAAACAUUUCAAGGAGUGGAUGUGCAGGUGAACAUUGGAUAGAAAGGACAAUAUCUUACAAGUCUAAUAUCUCAGAGAAAGUUAUUUCAGUUUUUUCUCACAUGCAUUUGUACUUGAAAGUGUUCAAUAAUGGAUUUAGCUUGCUAUGUUAUGGCACAAAAUGCCCAGCAUGAAGCUGUGAAACUUUCUCUCAAAGAGCGGACACCAGAUUCAUCUCAGGGCUUAAGUCUUUUGUGUGGAGACACAAGUCUAUAGACUCAUUUGGGAUUACACUGUCCAUGUGAAAAAUGUUGAGAACAGAUGACGGGAGAGAUUCUUUAGUUAUUUUUGUUUUGUUAUGUUUUUUUUUUAAAUUUUGCCCUGUGUGAGUGAAUUGCUCCAAGUGUGACUGAUUAUUCCAUUCUUAUGCAAUGGUUGUAUGAAUGAUACGUCCUGGUACUGGACUAGUUUAAGCUGUUUUGACAAAUAUUCAUUGCAGAUGUUAAAUUGUAUUGCUCUGAGUGCUUUUGUAUUCAUAAUUGAAUGCUUACAUGAUUAUGCUUAUAACAAGCAUACAUCAGUAAAUACUUGUAAAUGACAUAUGCAAAAUGAAAAGUGUGAAUGAAUGUUUGUUAAUGCCAUGCUUGUGUGUUUAAAGUGAGAAAAUGCUUGACUUAUAAAUACUUUUGAAUGGAGAAAAUUCAUUUUGUGGCCUUAUUUUUGUUUUACAUGGCUACAUAAGUUGUUUUUUUUUUGGGCUAGUUUUCCAUUGCAGCAAAAAAUAAUAUAUACUGAUUGGUAACUACUUAUGGAUGUUACUUUUCAGCCAAUUUCUUCAGUUAAUGCUGUGCUGAAAUUUUGUCAAAGUUGUUGGAAAAUAAUUUUUAAAAAUACAUUUUAUAUAAUGUGAGAUUUUAUUUUAUAAGGGUUUAUAUAUAUAGUGAAUAUAUAAAUAGGUAAGAGGUUAUAUGCACUGUGAUGGCCCCUUCAUUUGACUUUCUGCAGAGUUUUUAAAUACACUGUGAUGGUGUUUUUUUUUAUCUAAAUGCUUGAAUGUUGAAGACUUGUCUGCGAAUGAUUAUGGAAUGUAUGCAUUUUCUGCAGUUUUAUGUUGAAAAUAGAUUAGUAUAUAAACAUGUUUACAAAUGUGUGCAUAUAUAUCUAAAGUAAGUUGGCUGACACAGUUGACUGUGUUGAUUGCGAUAUCUGUAAUAUAAGAUGAUCACAAUCCCAAGUACUGACAGAUACCAUGUAAUAUUUUCACAUGUGGUGUGUGCUCAGUGGUACCAUGAAAGGUACCUCAUUGGACUAGAUAAAGGUCUGCUUAUCAAAGUUUUAAAAAAAAAAACCCAUUGUUUCUUCAUCGUGGGAAGCUGCUAAAUGAACUAUCCACGAAAUAUGAGCUCAUUUGUAAAGUACCGCUGCAAUAUUGAGCCCAGCUGUUUCUGUAUACAUGAAUGUCACAUUGCAAAAUAAAAAUGCUAUUUCUGCAAUUGUAGGGCAAUGAUAACAUGGUCAUUGCCUGCAGGAGUUUUAUGUUAUUUGAUGUCUUCCCUUUCUGUACUAAUGGGGGGAGACAUCUGGCCAAAAGACUUGGAUGUUUGUUUUUUUUAAUCUAAUCAAACAGGUUAACUUUUGGCUAAAAGUUUACUGUGUUGUAUAUGAAUGGAAUGGAAGGUAUCUUUGUAUGCUAUAAAUACACUUGUUUACAUUGUCUACCCUGAGACUUAAAGUAAUAUAAAAUGGUCUAGGUGAAUAGUCUCUUAUGUUUGUAAAAUGAUUUACUAUUUAUGACCAUUAUGGUCAGUGAUGGUAUUUUACUAUGAUGACAGACUAUGGUUAGAUUAAUGAGCAUGAAAAUUGUUGGUAAAUAGAAUGACAAAAGACUGGUUGUGAUAAAUGAUUGUGUAAGUGUAAAGUAGGAUUUAGCCUUGCUACUGCCAUUGGAUCCAAUGGAACUUGAAUGGGGGGGUGAGCAUGUUGUACCAAUAAGAGUUGGCUCAGUGAUCCAGGCCACAGUGUGCAGAUAUUGGAGCUGUCUGUAGACCAGAGUGUCCUCAUGUGGGUUGUAUGUUGUUGCCUGGCUUGUACACAUUGCUGGAAGACCAGUAAGCAAAUUGUGAUACCAGUUUAUUUAUGAAUGGAGAACAUUUUCUUUCUGUGUCCAUCUUUCAUCUUCCUUCUCUAACGCAUUCUUCCUUCGUACCAGUCUUAGCUUUCAAUUCAUGUACCUUUUUUUUCUUGUCCAUCAAAAUGCCAUUUCAAAUCCAUUAGUAAUUUGUCUAUUAAUAGAAAUUUGAUACAUUGUAUACCUUAUUUACUGCUGAAUUUUUUUUUAUUUAAAAAAAAAACCAAAGUAAUAAUGGUGGCAAGGUUUUGGACAGUUAGUAUUGCACUUUAUUUACUGGUACAUACAACAUGCAUUUUUCAUGUGUGCUAGUUGUGUGUGUUGCUCAUUGAUGAUGUGAAAGACUUGAUAAUGUUGCACCAUUUUUCAUCAUUAUAAUCAUCACAUCAUGUCCAGGAAGAAUAGGGUGAACAGGCAAGAGGAAUGUUACCUACAUUCUCUAGUUUAAAACCUAGUUUAAGCGUAAUAAGAAAAAACUUCAGUCUUAGUUUAAAAAACUGUUUUCUUAAAAGAAAGGUUUGUACAUUGAUUUUGUUUAGCUGAAUGUUUGGGAGCAAGAUAUUAGUGCCUGCAUCUGUUGAAUUUAUUUAGAUUUAAAAAAACUGUCUCAAACAAAAAUGAGUAAAUUACCCCACAAGCUUGUAUUACCAGUGAAGAGUUCUCCAAUAGGCUAGCAUUUCUUCCAUUAUCUCUACUGGUUUAGUUCAUGAGGAGAGGAUCUUAACACUGUUUUAGCUCCAAGGUUCAGUAAUAAUUUAAAAAUAGUUUGUUUUAUUUUUGUUAAGUGAUGGAAAAAAAAUCCCUUGCAUCCUCAGUAAAAAAUAAUUGAAAAAU